AUGAUAUCAAGAAUUAUUAUCAAGAGGUCAUAUCCAAUUAACUAUUUAACUACGUUUAGAAACACAGGAAUUUAUUUAUUUCAAAGUAAAAAUCAUUUUGUUAGAAAUUUCACAAGAAUCACAGCCAUGUCAUCAUCAUCUUCAUCUUCUAACAAUCAUUGGAAUUCCAAUUUGACUUCAGAACAACUACAUGUAUUAAGAGAUAAGGGAACCGAGAGACCCCAUACGGGUAAAUAUUUGCAUAAUAAGGAUAGUGGGGUAUAUACAUGUGCCAAUUGUUCUAAUCCGUUAUAUACUAGUAAUACUAAAUUUGAUUCUGGUUGUGGAUGGCCAUCAUUUUAUAAACCAUAUGGUAAUAAAUCUUUAAAUUAUCAUGUGGAUAAUUCCAUGGGGGUAGAACGUAUUGAGAUUACUUGUAAGAAAUGUGGUGGUCAUUUAGGUCAUGUCUUUAAGGGUGAAGGUUGGACUAAAUUAUUGAAUUUGCCCGUUGAUGAGAGACAUUGUGUUAAUAGUGCUUCUUUGAAUUUUAGUAAAAUCGAUUAA